CCCCAACCUGCCGUGAAAUGUCGAAGAAAAUCUCGUUCGACGACUUCUUGAACCAGCAGAAACAGCUGCAGCUGCAGCCGCGCGGCUACGGGUACCAGAACGCCAAUCUCGGCCAGGGCGCCCCAGCAUACCAGCCCAAUUUGCAGGGCCAGUCUUCCCAAGGCCAGGCCAACGGGCAAAACCAGCAGUAUUUCCAGGCCGAGCAGGGCGGCUACCAGGGCGGCUACCAGGGCGGCUACCAGAAUUUCCAGGCCAUGGCCAGCCCCCAAAACGGCAUGGCGGACGGCUCCCUUUUGGACGGGAAUUCCGCCUUGACCAGCGGCGCCGCCACGCCCAGCGCCGGCGCGUCCAGCGCGUCGUUGUCGUCGUUGGCGUCCGCGUUGAAGAAAUUGGGCGUCGACACGCCCCUCCUGGAGCACUGGGCCGAGCUCCAGCAGGCAUCCAAGAACUCCGAGGCCAAGCAGCAGGCACAGCAGAUCGCCGCCAAAAUCUUGCAGGCGCCGUCCAUGGCCGUGGUGGAGGAGUGGAAGCUUCUCGACGUGCUCCGGCUGUUGGCCCGGCCCAAGAACGCCGUGGUGGUGCGCGAGCUGGCGCUCCUCAUAGUGCAGCAGUUGGCGCUCCAGUCCGCCGGGCAGACGCCCAAGGAGUGCCACUUGUUGCAGUUUUUCCCCGCGGUGUUCGACAGCUUCACGGACAAGGACAAGAACGUGUUGCGCACCGCCAAGCAGACCGUCGACGUGAUGUACGGCGUGUUCCCCGUGGAGGCCUUGGGCUCGGUGGUGAUGGACGCGCUCUUGGCGUACUUGGACUCGUCCGCCAAGUGGAACUGCAAGGUGGCCGCGUUGCACACCGUGGACAAGUUGGUGGACGAGGUGCCCUCGGACUUGUUGGAGAUGAAGUUCAGGAGCGCGGUGCCCGUGCUCACGGACCAGGCCACGGACUUCAAGCCCGAGUUGGCGGCCCAGGGCUUGCGGACGUUGAAGAAGUUCGUCAAGGUCUUGGACAACUUGGACUUGCAGAACAAGUACGACUUGAUCGUGGAGACCUUGGCCGACCCCAAGCGGGUGCCCGAGUGCAUCAAGAACUUCUCGCUGGUGACGUUCGUGGCCGAGGUCACGGAGCCCGUGUUGGCGCUCAUGGUGCCCAUUUUGGACAAGUCCUUGAAGAUGUCCUCGUCGUCCAACGACCAGCUCAGGCAGACCGUCACCGUCACCGAGAACUUGACGCGCUUGGUCAACAACCGCCGCGAGAUCGAGAGCUACAUUCCGAUCUUGAUGCCCGGCGUGGAGAAGGUGGUCAACAACGCGUCCUUGCCGGAGGUGCGUGUGUUGGGGGCCAAGGCCUUGCAGGUGUUGCAGGAGGCCAAGGACGAGCAGUCCGACGGCAAGUUCCACGGCCGCAUUUCCCUCGCCCAGGCAGAGGCCUUCUACCACCAGAACAUCGCCCCAGACGCAAAGCCCAUUGCCGACGCCUUGUUCCGCGUGGACAUCGAGAGCGCGUACUUGGCCACCGCGUUGCAGACCGACGCCAACGUCAACGACUGGAAGCGCUUGGCCGAGUACUUGGCCCAGGCCGCCGAGACUGCGGGCGUUGCUUCCGAGGCCUUGCAGGCGCGGUACGCGGCCGAGGUCGUGGCCAACGUCAAGGCCUUGUUCAACUCCAGCAACAAGGCCAGCGAGGAGCUCGAGGAGGGCGCCGUGGAGGUGGUCAACACGGACUUCUCCUUGGCCUACGGCUCGCGCAUGUUGUUGAACAAGACCACGUUGCGCCUCUUGAAGGGCCACCGCUACGGCUUGUGCGGCCGCAACGGUGCGGGCAAGUCCACGUUGAUGCGCGCCAUUCUGAAGGGCCAGUUGGAGGGCUUCCCCUCGCCCGACGAGUUGCGCACGUGCUUCGUCGAGCACCGCUUGCAGGGCGAGGAGGGCGACAUGGACUUGGUCUCGUUCAUCGGCUCCGACCCGCAGUUGGCGCACGUGGGCGCCGGCGAGAUCGCGGCGGCGUUGCGCCAGGUCGGGUUCCCGGACGAGCGCAUUGCGCAGAACGUGGGCUCGUUGUCCGGGGGCUGGAAAAUGAAGUUGGAGUUGGCCAGGGCCAUGUUGAUGAAGGCCGACGUGUUGCUCUUGGACGAGCCCACCAAUCACUUGGACGUGGGCAACGUCAAGUGGCUCCAGAACUACUUGGUGGAAAACACGCAGAUCACGUCCUUGAUCGUGUCCCACGACUCCGGCUUCUUGGACGCCGUGUGCACGGACAUCAUCCACUACGAGAACAAGAAGUUGGCCUACUACAAGGGCAACUUGUCCGAGUUCGUCAAGGUCAAGCCCGAGGGCAAGUCCUACUACACCUUGACCGACUCGCUCGUGAAGAUGGCGUUCCCGCCGCCGGGCAUCUUGUCGGGCGUCAAGUCCAACACCAGGGCCAUUGCACGUGUCACCGGCGUCACCUUCACGUACCCCGGGGCCCCCAAGCCUUCCUUGGUGAAUGUGUCCGCCAGCUUGUCGUUGUCAUCGCGUGUGGCCGUGCUUGGGCCCAAUGGUGCAGGAAAGUCCACCUUGAUCAAGUUGUUGACCGGCGAGACGACCCCCGACUCCGGAAAGGUCGAGAAGCACCCCAACUUGAGAAUCGGCUACAUUGCCCAGCACGCUUUGCAGCACGUGGAGCAGCACAAGGAGAAGACCGCCAACCAGUACUUGCAGUGGCGGUACCGCUUUGGUGACGACCGCGAGGUCUUGUUGAAGGAGUCGCGUAAGAUCUCCGAGGACGAAAAGGAGAUCAUGCAGAAAAUGGUCGAGGUGGGCGAGGGCCUCCAGCCCAGACAGAUCGAGGCGCUUGUGGGCAGACAGAAGUUGAAGAAGUCCUUCCAGUACGAGGUCAAGUGGAAGAACUACUUGCCCAAGUACAACACGUGGGUGCCCCGCGAGUUCCUUGAAAAGGAGGGCUUCUCCAAGUUGAUCCAAAAGUUCGACGAUCACGAGGCCUCCAGAGAAGGCUUGGGCUACAGAGAGUUGACCCCGAGCGUCAUCAGAAAGCAUUUUGAAGACGUUGGCUUGGACGGCGACAUUGCCGACCACACCCCCAUGGGCUCUUUGUCUGGAGGCCAGUUGGUCAAGGUCGUCAUUGCCGGUGCCAUGUGGAACAACCCGCACUUGCUUGUUCUCGACGAGCCCACCAAUUACUUGGACAGAGACUCCUUGGGGGGCUUGGCCGUUGCCAUCAGAGACUGGAGCGGUGGUGUGGUGAUGAUCUCGCACAACAAUGAGUUUGUGGGUGCCUUGUGCCCCGAGCAAUGGCACGUGGAAAACGGACAGGUGGUGCAGAAGGGCGUUGCUGCCAUCGAUGCGUCGCGUUUCGCCGACGGAGCCGAGUCGGCUGAAGGCUCGCCGGCGCCUGAGCCGGUCAAGACAAGGGCCGACGACAACGAUUCACCCGCCAACAUCAAGGUGAGAACCAGAAAAAAGAAGAUGACCAGAAACGACAAGAAGUUGCAGGCCGAGCGGAGACGGUUGCGUCAUAUCGAAUGGUUGAGCAGUCCUAAGGGCACGCCAAAGCCUGCCGACACUGACGACGAGGAGGAGUAGAUGUUUUGCCCUGAGCUGGGAUUCGAGGCGUGCAUGGCUUAUAGACAUGCCGUCGCCAUGCUAACGUUUAUCCACUAAAUUAUUCAAUACAAAACGUAAACAAAGUGAAUAUGUACUUA